AUGACCAUCCCUGUCGUCUCUGUCGUCUCUGUCGUUGAGCUAUACAACCCCGAGGCCGAGUCAACACUUGGAUCUCGGAUGCUUCUCGGACCUAUCGAUCACAUGGUCUUUCCCACUGUUCCGACAAACGUAGUUUUUGUCUACGAACGGCCCAAAAGCAGCCCCGCGAACAGCUUCAUGACGGCGCAGGCACUGCAACUUUCACUUACACGUCUUCUCACCCACUAUCCCCAUCUCACCGGUCGGUUUCAACUCAACAAAAGCUCCAACACAUUCGAGAUUGGAAACUUUUCAAAAGGCGUUGUCUUUUUGCAGGCAGAAUGCGACGCAAUCCUUACCGACAUCGCUGCGCAGAGCAGAUCGGGUCGCAUAAUUGUUGAGAACCUGCCGGGCUCUGGCAACGCUUUGAUGCCGCCGUUCGAGGCCACAAUUGAAGGCAUCUGCCGGGACCCCAUCCUCGCAGUCCAACAUACUCGCUUCGCGUGCGGUGGAGUGGCUUUGGGGAUCCGCCUGCAUCAUAUGGUCUGUGACGCUGGCGGCUUCUUCCAGUUCGUGCGAGACUGGGCGACAAUUCACCGAUCCUCGUCUCCGCCAUCGCCGCCGGAUCUCAAUUACUACCUAUCAGCGCCCGAUGCCAUGUCUGCGGAAGAAAGGCGUGCCGCUCUCGAUGGCAACCCCUUGUUCUGGUACGCCCAAGAUCAGAAGCCCGAGCCGGUCCCGGUCGACGCGCCGAGUGCUGUUCCAGCAGAUGGGGACCCUAUCGUCGGUCACACCUUGCACUUCUCCAGUGAACACCUUACCUUGCUCAAGAAAAAGGCAACGAAUCCUUCUGGCCAGGGCUGGGUCUCCGCCUUUGAGUCAGUGUCUGCGUACCUCUGCCAGACCAUCUACAAAGCUCGUCUCCGUCUGCUCGACAUGCAGGGCGUGUCGUCGUCAUCAGCCGCUUCUCAAUUACGGCAGGGCUUUUGGGUUCAAUCGACACUCGUGAUCCUUCGAGGCUCGGUCUGGGUUCUCGAUACUUUGGCAAUGCGUCGCUCUCCAUCCUCACCCGCAUCGAUCAUUCCAUACUUGCAGAUGGCGAGCUCUGGCAGGUGGCCGAAGUAA